AUGGCUAUGGAGAAUUUCUGUAUCCGUUUCAGCGGCAAAAAUUAUGCUGCCUGGGAGUUUCAGUUCAAGAUGUUCGUGAAAGGGAAGGGGAUGUGGGGUCACAUUGACGGGUCCUCUACUGUCCCCACAGACAACGCUGCUUUGACAGCUUGGGAGACCAAGGAUGCACAAGUUAUUUCUUGGAUUCUUGGUUCCAUUGAGCCUCAAUUGGUUAAUAAUCUGCGUUCGUUUUCGACUGCCAAAGCCAUGUGGGAUUACUUGAAGCAACUUUACAAUCAAGAUAAUGCUGCAAAACGCUUUCAGCUAGAGCUUGACAUUGCAAAUUAUAAACAGGGUGAUAUGUCCAUUCAGGACUAUUACUCUGGUUUUCUUAAUUUAUGGGCAGAGCAUUCAGCCAUCUUACAUUCUAAGGUUCCUACCGAAUCACUACCUGCCAUUCAAGCUGUUUACGAGGUUAGUAAACGUGACCAAUUUCUCAUGAAACUUCGCCCAGAAUAUGAAGCUGCCCGUGCUGCACUGUUGAACCGCCAUCCGGUUCCUUCUCUAGAAGUUUGCGUUGGUGAAUUACUUAGGGAGGAACAACGCCUACUUACCCAAGGCUCCAUGUCUGAUAUUUCUGAUAAUACGAUCGCCUAUUUUGCUCAAGGUCAAAGCAAAAGUUGUGACAUGCGGCAGAUCCAAUGUUUCUCCUGCAAACAUUAA